AUGUUUGGGGGCUCACUGAAUCCGCCGGGCCUGCUGACUAUGCCCCGGAGCCCCACCUCCAGUGAGGAUGAGAUGGCCCAGAGCUUUUCAGACUACUCCGACGACUGCGCCUCCGACAGCUCCAGAGAAGAGACCAUUUACGAGACCAUAAGGGCCACGGCCCAGCCAUCGCCGCACCGCAUGGACGACAUUCACACAAACUCGCUGGUCGUCCGCGUCCUCAUCCCCGACCUGCAGCAGACGUUCCGCUACAAGAGCAGAGUUUACCGGCAGCCAAACGUGGACGAGAAACAAAUCGCCAAACUUCACACCAAGGCCAAUCUGAGGAAGUUCAUGGACCUGAUCCAACACAAUCAGGAGGACAAAGUGUCGAAGCUGUUGGAGAGAGGCUUCGAUCCCAACUACCACGACAGUGACACCGGUGAGAGUCCGCUGACCUUCGCCGCUCACCUGGACGGAGUGGUGGAGCUGAUCAAGGUGCUGAAGAACGGAGGAGCUCACCUGGACUUCAGGGCCAAAGACGGCAUGACCUCCCUCCACAAAGCUGCUCGGUCCAAGAACCAGGUCACGCUCAUGGUAACAGAACCUCGUCUCUCGCGCUCCGCCUCCUGCACGCUGCUGAUUCUUCACGUCACCGUGAACUGA